UACAAGUAGGAAGUUGAGUGAGCGUUGAAAUUCACCCAGCCGGUCCACCGAAGCUCCCGUGCGGCUGGCUACCUGGAUGGCUGGCUGACUGGCUGCCUUCCUUCCUUCGCUUGUCGCGGCUUGGACCCGAGCAGAGCACAGCACAGCGCAGCAUAACCACGCGCAAAUGUCGUCAACUUAUCUUGACGUUUGCGUCCGGCCAUGAAUUUUGGCUGACGGACUGGACUGACGGCAAGAUGAAGUCAGGUGGACGCAAGCCACCGCUGGCCCCCAAACCCAGUCUGGCCCAUCUGCCGCCGCCGCCGCCACCGGCAACGCCUUCAUCGGGCCAAAAACAAGUCCCGUGGCAGCGGUCUCCCGGGCCCGGGAGGAAGAGCAAACCCCCGCUGGCGCCCAAACCCAGCCUCUCUGAGCUGAACUCCAAAGCGACGGCGGCGGCUCAAAGCCCGCAAACGCCGGGCCAAAACGGAGCGCCGGGUGAGCGCGUGAAGCCAAACUGGGAUGCCAUUAUUCCCAUUUGCCUGUGCAGCCAGAAAAAGUGCCGCUGCCUCCGGGACAGUCACGUCGGCAAAACGGAGAGAGACGUGGAGAAGGGCAGAACCGGAAAGAGCGCAUCCCCGGAGAGAACGACCGACCAUUCAAAAGUCAGAGCAGCCAGCCACGGCUCCAGCGCCAACGGCCACCUCCCGAGCCGGAAACCUCCCACUUUUGCCGCUUUCGACGAAAACUCCAAUUCCUCCAGACCUCCGAUGAAGGUGGGACAUCUUCUUUUCAGAAUGCUGAGCGAGGAGGAAAACGCUGGCGCCCGGGAUGGUCCGGAGGAAGGCGCUGAUGAUGGCUCUGAGCAACAACACCAACCGCUGCCGCUGCCUCUCCCCGUUCCGCGGAGACUCCAAUACACCUCGCAGGCCUGCCGGACCAGGGAGGAGAUCCCAACCUGGGAGGGGGGGAGGACAGUGAACGUGCAGACAGCGGCGGCGGAAGGGAAAGGCGGCGCGUCGUCAUCCGUCGGAAGCGGUGCCCCGCCGGCUUUGCCGGCUUUGCCGGCUUUGCCGGCUUCGCCGUCGUCUGGCAGAAAACCAUCCCCUGCGCCCAGGAAAAUGCAGCUCUCCAUGUUCCCGAGCAACGUGGACAGAGAAGACCCGGGCCGGGACAGCCAGGCCUACGCCGGCGAGGCCUACGACGGCGAGCUGUCGGUCGACCGAGCGCAGGGCAAAGGAAGCCGUGAUCGGGAGGCCUCGGACAAACUCGAGACGGAAUCUCCCGCGAUCGCAGAAUGGGGAGUCGGGGCCAAAACUCGAAAGGCCGUGGCGGCGGAUCUUCCUUUCGAGGUGACGAGAAGUGACCGAAGCGGCCCCAGCCCGCCCGCUCGGCGCAGGUCCUUCUCCGGCACAGACUCGGUCCGUUCGGAAGGAAGUAGGGGCUCUUUCAGGAGGCUGCUGGAUCUCAAGCUCUCCGUCACGACCAAAGGAGCCGUGGCGCCGGAGCCCGAUGGGCCGGACCGAGCCGGAGCGGUCCGGCGCUCCUCCUCCCUGGUGGGAGUGGAACAAAGCGUGGACGGGGACCAGCCGGACGACGAGAACUACUACGAAGAGAUCUCCGAAUACGAGAACGUCUACUUUGGCGGCUCCGAGAGCUCCGGCGCCACCUGGCAGAGUUACUACGACGACGACGGCAUUUAUGAGGAACCGGAGGUGUAUUUGGAUCAAAAUGCCCACUUUGACAGAAUUUCUUUAGACGGAGAAGUGGACGGCAGCGUUUCCGACGACGACGACGACGUGCCCUUUUCUGACGAGGACGAAGACGACAGCUCCUUCUCGAGUAAAGGAGACAGCGAGCAAGCGGAUCAAAGCGCGCUCCAAAGUGUCUCUCGAAAGCGCAAGCUCCGUCACAUCGCCACGGAAAUUAUGACCUCGGAGGAAGUCUUUGUUGACGUCCUGAAGCUGCUUCACGUGGACUUCCGGCGCGCCGUGGCCGAGGCGUCGCGGCAAAACGGCAAAGCGGUGAUCGAGGAGCGUCUGCUGGAGCGGAUCCUCUACUACCUGCCGCAACUCUACCAACUCAACCGGGACCUGCUGCGAGAGCUGCAGGAUCGACUGGCCCGAUGGGACCAGACGGAGCAGGUGGCCGACAUCUUCCUGAAGAAAGGUCCCUACCUGAAGAUGUACUCCACCUACAUCCGCGAGUUUGACAAGAAUGCGGCGCUACUGGAAGAGCAGAGCAAGAAGAACGCGCCCUUCGCUGCUGUCGUGCGCCAAUUUGAGGCCAGUCCUCGGUGCGCCAACUUGGCUCUGAAGCACUACCUCCUGAAGCCCAUCCAAAGGAUUCCUCAGUACCAGCUCCUGCUCCGAGACUAUUUGAAAAACCUGCCCAAAGACUCGGCCGAUUACAAAGACACGCAAGAUGCUCUGGCAAUCGUUCGCGAGGUGGCCAAUCACGCCAAUGACAUCAUGAAGCAAGGGGACAACUUCCAGAAGCUGAUUCAGGUGCAGUGCAGCCUAAACGGCCACCGUGAGAUCGUCCAGCCCGGAAGGAUCUUCCUGAAGGAGGGCGUCCUCAACAAGCUGUCCAGGAAGCUCAUGCAGCCCAGAAUGUUCUUCUUGUUUAACGACAGCCUGCUGUACACCACGCCCCUUCAGUCGGGCCAGUUCAAGUUCAACAACAUGCUGUCUCUGGCGGGGAUGAAGGUGAGCAGACCGAGCCAGGAGGCCUGCCAGAACGAGUUCAUCGUGGAGAGCGUGGAGCGCUCCUUCAUCCUCUCUGCGAGUUCGGCGUCGGAGAGAGACGAGUGGCUCCGGGCCAUUUCCGCAGCCAUCGACGAUUACACCAAGAAGAAAAUCACUUUCAUAUCCGGACAGUCCUGUGACGAGGUCCGAGCAAGCAACGCCACCGCCUCCUCCUCCUCUCUGGGCGCCAAAGCUCCCAUCUGGAUCCCCGACCCGCGCGCCACCAUGUGCAUGAUCUGCACCUGCGAAUUCACGCUGACGUGGAGGCGCCACCACUGCCGAGCCUGCGGCAAGGUGGUGUGCCAGUCGUGUUCCUCCAACAAGCAGAGCCUGGAGUACCUGAAGAACCAGUUGGCCAGAGUGUGCGACCACUGCUACCUGGCGCUGCGGGAGCAGCAAAGCCAAGAAAAUCCCGCCGAAGUGGCCGUUCCCAAAGCCUCCUUUGCUUUCUCUCGCAAAUUCAAGCGGAUACCGGCGGCCCUCAAAGAGGUGACGGCCAGCGCUGACAACUCCUCCAUGAGCGGCUACUUGCUGAGGUCCAAGGGCAAGAAGAAGCAGGGCAAGCGCUUGUGGUUCGUCAUCAAGGACAAGGUUCUGUACACCUACGCCGCCAGCGAGGACGUGGCCGCCUUGGAGAGUCAACCGCUUUUGGGCUUCGUCUUGAAAGUGGACUCGGCCCAAAGGUCCAACUUCAAGCUGUACCACAAAAACACCCUGUACCACAAUUUCAAAGCGGACGACGUCCAAACGGCUCAGAGGUGGAUCAACACGUUCCGGGAAUCGGCAAUACUUUAGUCUCUGGAGAGCGACUGCCCCAUGUUGACCAUUCAUCUCCGGCCCGCCGGGUUUUACCUCAGUGCUCCCAGUUUUUCCAUCUGGAGACAGCGCAAUUCUUCUUUUCCAAUAGAAUGGAAUGAUCGGAAUGCCAGUUUACUUUUUUUUUGUCAGCAUCUCUCUUUUCAUACAGAGUGCGUGCGUGCGUGCGUUGGUGCGCUAUUUAGCGUCGUUCUCAUUGUGCCAUUUUUUUACAAUCGUAUUUGUCUUUCAUGUCGUUUGUGGCUUACGUCUGCUUUGGUUGUAUUUGCGCAACACCUCGUCAAUCGCUGUAGCACACCAUUUUUAUCCCUAAAUUAUUUUUUGUAAUAGAUGUGACCCUCCGACCGCCACCCCCGUUUCUAUCAGUCACGGGGGUACUUGACUCAUUCCAGUGGCUCGCCACCCGUUUUGUGUCAAUGGAUUCUCUGCUCUGUGGGGAUCAAUAAUCACCUCAAAUGAGGUGAAGAGCACAUCUUGUUAGUGGAAUAAAGGCCUCAUGUUUUAGCAUGCCGUCUGUCAUCACCAAUGUUUAAAAAUGUGCACAUGUCCAAAACAAAUGUGAAUUACACCAACGCCAGCCAGUCACGGGUCAAAGUAUCACAUUUGCACGUGGGAACGGUUUACUUCGGCUUCAAAGUCAUUGCCAAACACAAGACAGACUUUGCCUAAUCAUGCACUUGUGGUUUGAUUUUUUUUUUUGUGACUGUUGCGUGUUGUGCAGGGAUGUCCGAAGUUGAGGCAGGAAAAACAAAGACGUGGAAUCCCUGAAAUUGCAUAUGGUUGUAGAAAUUAAUAUGCAGAUUCUUUUUUUUUUUUUAGAUACUCAAUGAUAUAAUAAAAAAGUGUUUGUAUUUCCA